UGUGUGUGUGUGUGUGCGCGCGCGCGCGCACACACGCUUGCCUCGGAGUCUGUAUGCAGUGGGUGUGGGUGUUUGUCUCCGUGUAUCCGCCUUCUCUCCCGUUCUGGACUUUUAGCCUUCCUGGGCUGGUCUUCCUCUUGUCCUACCUCCUCCCUCUCGGGUCUCGAAUUAGGUGUUCUGGUGGAAGAGGGGGGCCACCUGUGCCAGGAUCUAGCCCAACCUCAGACGUGCCUCCAGCUUCCCUCCAGUUCUCCCUCCCUUCUUUUUCCUCCCUUUCCUCCCUCCCUUUCUUUGCCUUCCCCCCUCCCCCCCCCAGGCUGGCGUGCCAGGGGGUGGGACAUGCCAAUCACUGACUGUGCCUCUCCGGCUGCCAGCACAGGGAGCAGCUCCCCCCAGGAGCCAGGUGUUUGGGUCCCUGGAGACACCACCAGCCCCCGGGGAGGCAGUGGGACUGAGGACCCUGCAGACCUCCCUCCAGCCCCAUGGGAACCCUGAAUCCCACCAUUCCCAUCCACCUCCUGCCCCCCCAAGAUGGACUGAACCAGGCUGCCGGCCAGACGGACAAGCUGGAUGCCAAGGUGAUGCCCUCCCCCUGAGGGAGUCCCAUCUCAGCACACUCAGAGGAAGGGGCUGCCCCCCAGCCCCACGCAGCCGCCAUGAAUACCUCAGCCCCACCUGCCAUCAGUCCCAACAUCACCGUCCUAGCUCCAGUAAGGGGACCCUGGCAGAUGGCCUUCAUUGGCAUCACCACAGGUCUCCUGUCCCUGGCCACGGUGACGGGCAACCUGCUGGUCCUCAUCUCUUUCAAGGUCAACACGGAGCUGAAGACUGUCAACAACUACUUCCUGCUGAGCCUGGCCUGUGCCGACCUCAUCAUUGGCACCUUCUCCAUGAACCUCUACACCACCUACCUGCUCAUGGGCCACUGGGCCCUCGGCACGCUGGCCUGCGACCUCUGGCUGGCCCUGGACUAUGUAGCCAGCAACGCCUCCGUCAUGAACCUACUGCUCAUCAGCUUCGACCGCUAUUUCUCCGUGACCCGGCCCCUGAGCUACCGGGCCAAGCGCACCCCUCGGCGGGCGGCCCUAAUGAUCGGCCUGGCCUGGCUGGUGUCCUUCGUGCUCUGGGCCCCCGCCAUCCUCUUCUGGCAGUACCUGGUCGGGGAGCGGACGGUGCUGGCCAACCAGUGCUACAUCCAGUUCCUCUCCCAGCCCAUCAUCACCUUCGGCACGGCCAUGGCAGCCUUCUACCUCCCGGUGACUGUCAUGUGCACACUCUACUGGCGCAUCUACCGGGAGACAGAGAACCGGGCCCGGGAGCUAGCGGCCUUGCAGGGCUCCGAGACCCCGGGGAAAGGGGGUGGCAGCAGCAGCAGCUCCGAGCGUUCACAGCCCGGGGCCGAGAGCUCCCCGGACACCCCACCGGGGCGCUGCUGUCGCUGCUGCCGGGCCCCCAGGCUGCUGCAGGCCUACAGCUGGAAGGAGGAGGAAGAGGAGGACGAAGGCUCCAUGGAGUCCCUCACGUCCUCAGAGGGCGAGGAGCCGGGCUCCGAGGUGGUGAUCAAGAUGCCCAUGGUGGACCCCGGGGCGCAGGCCCCAGCCAAGCAGCCCCCCAGGAGCUCCCCGAAUACAGUCAAGCGGCCCACCCGGAAGGGGCGAGAGAGAGCAGGCAAGGGCCAGAAACCCCGCGGGAAGGAGCAGCUGGCCAAACGCAAGACCUUCUCGCUGGUCAAGGAGAAGAAGGCGGCCCGGACCCUGAGCGCCAUCCUGCUGGCCUUCAUCCUCACCUGGACCCCGUACAACAUCAUGGUGCUGGUGUCCACUUUCUGCAAGGACUGCGUCCCCGAGACCCUGUGGGAGCUAGGCUACUGGCUGUGCUACGUGAACAGCACCAUCAACCCCAUGUGCUACGCCCUCUGCAACAAGGCCUUCCGGGACACCUUCCGCCUGCUGCUGCUCUGCCGCUGGGACAAGCGACGCUGGCGCAAGAUCCCCAAGCGUCCCGGCUCUGUGCACCGCACCCCGUCCCGCCAGUGCUGAUGGCCCUCCCUUCGCCUGCCUCCCUCCACCCCCCAGCCCCCAACCCCUGGAGAGUCCCAUAGAGAGUGGGCAGGGGCCGUGACCUCAGCCCCCAGGGUACCCCCCCCAGGCUCAGGCCACACCAGGCUUCCCAGGCCACCCCACCAGGUCACCUUCCUGGACAACUCGGAGAGAUUCUGCCAGAUUUCCCCAACUUUGACUUUCAUUCUUCCCUGGCAGGGAGCAGAACCCGGGGAACUGGUUUUUCUGUUCCCUGCUAGGUGAGAAUGGGCUCUUCACCAGGAAGAAGGCCUGGCCAGGAGGAGGAGGAUCCCGGCUGAAGGUCCUUGUUUGCCUUCAGGCAGGAAGUCCCUCUGCAGCCAGCAGGGCAGGUCAAGAGAGAGAAGUUUUGCCAUUGCAGCCAUGCCUGGCCCAGUCACUGACCUGGAUUACAAUAGGAGGUGGCACCUCCUAGGGGCCAUGUGGGAAAGGGUACAUGGGGGGACCCUCUCCUCCCUCCACAGACACACUCCACUCUGCUGGGCCUUGGGCACACUUCCCAGCACUGCCUAGCUCCCCUACAAAUUUCCCCCAGAGCAGUGUCCCCAUGCUGGUCACCCCCAGGGCAAAUGUCCAAGUGUCAGCAAGACACCCAAGGGAACCAGCUUGGCAACACCGAGAGUCCAGAGGCAGCAGCAGGACCAGGUGCCAGUGUCCUGGCAGUCCCAUUAGGUCACUGCCCUGGGAGUGAAAGGCAGGGUGCCUGCGGUUCAGCCCCACAUCUAUCCCCCGUGCCACGGAGAAGCCCUCCAUCCCUCCCUCCCUGGCUCAUGGCUACCCCAGGUAGGCCUGCUGCUCCACACAGGUCUAGCAAGGCCUCCUGCAUGCUGCCCGCCUCUGGCCCUGCCCCACACAGGCCUGGCCCAGCCAACAGGUUCUCUCUCCCAGUCCCACCCAUGCAUGGCCUCCCAGCCACCCUCAUCUCCAGGCACAGCCUGGCCUCACAUGUUCUUCCCUUUCAUCUUCAGCAAGCGCUGAGCCUGUGAAUAAAGCCAGAUAACCAGCGGGCUCAAAGGGGCCUUCUCCCUGUGUUGGUCGAGGGCCUGGUCAAGGCCAGGACAGGACGGGGCAGGGAGGGCCCAAGCACCACAGGGGACACGUGCUGCUGCCCGGGGCAGGGUUUUGCCAGAAAGUACGGCACUGAGUGUCUGGAGCCACCGAAGCCUAAGGGUCACAGCACCCUGGGGACCCUGGCUCAGGUGAGUAGAAUUGUAAUGGGUACACCUGGAUGCCUGAAAGCUGGGAGACUCUGUGAAAUAAACUGGCCCCGCCCAUACUCCAAA